AUGAAAAAGCGAAGCCCGUGGACUAAUCAGGCUGAGCGUCCGGUUGUCAUGGUUACGAGAGGAGCCGCGGCUGCGGUGAGGCCUGGUCGGUGGGGCGGGUGUGCGUCAGUCGCCAUGAAUGCAUCUGGAGGCAGGAGUUAUUCUGAGGGAGAUUCUGUUGAGGAGGAAGCAGAAAAUGAAGAAGAGAGUCUGUCUGAGGGGUCAGAGGAUGAAAAUGAAUCCACUCCAAGUAAUGUAGAUGUGAUUAGAAACAGCCCAACAGCUCAGGAGUUGCUGAGCUGUGCCAUGCAGCAGCAAGAAGCAGGGGACAGAGAGGAUCUUCACAAACAGGAGCUCGACUUGCCCAAACAGAAAAGCAAAGAGAACAAUGUUAAAGAGGAUCCAGUCAAAAAGAAAAAGAAGAGGCGAAGGUUCAUUGGUGUCAAUCUGAUCAAUUGCAAGUAUGAAAGUGUCCGCCGUGCAGCUCGUCGAUAUGGACUGAAGGAGGUUGAAGAGGAUGAGGAAUGGAUAUUGUACUGGACUGACACAUCUGUUUCUCAUGAGAGAGUUAUGGAAAUGAAGCGAUUUCAGAAAAUUAAUCACUUUCCAGGAAUGAGUGAAAUUUGUAGGAAGGACCUACUGGCCAGGAAUUUGAACAGGAUGCUGAAACUCUUCCCAAAGGAAUAUAACAUCUUCCCCCGUACAUGGUGUUUACCUGCCGAUUUUGGCGAUUUUCAGGCCUACUGCAGGACGAGGAAGCCCAAGACGUAUAUAUGUAAACCAGACUGUGGAUGUCAGGGCCGGGGGAUUUUCAUUACCAGGAAUCUAAAGGAGAUUAAACAUGGGGACCGAAUGAUCUGCCAACAUUACAUCUCCAAGCCUUUCCUCAUUGAUGGUUUCAAAUUUGACCUCCGUGUCUAUGUCUUGGUCACAUCCUGUGACCCCUUUCGGAUUUAUAUUUAUAACGAAGGUCUGGCAAGGUUUGCAACAAGCAAGUACAUCGAGCCCUCUAGCAGUAACUUGGAUGACAUCUGUAUGCACUUGACAAACUAUGCUAUCAACAGGCAUAGCAAGAAUUUCAUCAGAGAUGGCGACAGUGGCAGCAAAAGAAAAUUGUCUUCACUUAAUAAGUGGUUGACAGAUCAUGGACACAGCGUGACAAAGGUCUGGACGGACAUUGAGGAUGUCAUUGUUAAAACUCUAAUCUCUGCCUACCCGAUCUUAAAGCACAAUUACCGAACCUGUUUCUCCAACCAUUUCUGCGCCUGCUUUGAGCUACUAGGGUUCGAUAUUUUGAUGGACCAUAAUUUGAAACCGUGGCUCUUGGAGGUAAACCAUUCCCCCAGUUUCACCACUGAUUCCAGGCUGGACAGAGAGGUGAAGGAUAAUCUUCUGUAUGAUACAAUUUGUCUGAUAAACCUUGGAGCAAACAACAAGCAAAAGGUGACUGAGGAAGAGAGGCGCAGGGUGCAAGAGCGUCUGUGGCAGCGUCACUCCACUCGUGAAUCAAGACGGGAGCAGUACGAAAACCAGCAGUCAGCCUGGCUCCAACAGGUGGAAAAGUAUGAGAAGGAACACCUGGGAGGUUUCCGUUUGAUUUAUCCGCUGUCAGACUCCAAGAAAUAUGAUGACUUUUUUAAUCAAAGUGGAUCGCUUUUUCAGGAGACAGUGGCUUCCAGAGCAAGGGAAGAAUGUGCCAGGCAGCAGCUUGAAGAGAUUCGACAGAAGAAUGAACCAAAGGAGCUGGCAAAAGGAAGGAAAGUGAAGGAGCUAAAGGACAUCCAUCUGCACGGCGAGUCAGGGGGUGAGGUUCCCGUACUGGACCGAGGCUUCAGGAAGUACAAUCAUUGCUUAUCCGUAAAGAAAGAGGAGGCCAUAGACAGUAUGAAGCCACUGGAAAUCAUCGACAAGGAGGAGCUGCAGCGACUCAGUGGCCUGCUGCGCCGGGAGAACCUUCUCCGGGCUCUGGGUGUCAUCGAGCAAGUUUACCGGGUUCUGCGGAACCCUUCAGGUGGUAGUGGAACCGUUCAGACUGCCCCUUCAGAUGGUACUAACCAGAAUAACUCUUUAAUUUGCCCCAGCACACUUCGAUCCAACCAGAUGAUGGAAGAGCUGGAGUACGUCAGCUCCUGUGCCUUGACAGGAAGGAAUAGCACAACAGAGCUGGGAGUUCUCAAUCCCACGACAGUUAACUGGCCGACACUGCUGUCUCCCCAAGGCCAGGCUCCUGGGAGCAACAACCGGAAAGGGACCCCGAAUCCUGGAAAUGGAUUCCCGUUCCACCGCUUCCAGAAUCGCUUUCCCGUCCGUAGGGGUCUGACUUGGGUGGGUGGAAAUCAGUUACCAGUGUCACUUGAAGCCAUUGCAGUGAGGACUGCUAGCUCCUCGGAGUUACGGCUCAAUGCAGUUUCAGCCUAUCCCCGUUCAGUGAGUGCCAAGCUAGUACCUGAAAACUCUCUUCUGCAAUCAAAAGCCUCGCGAGGGAGCGCCAUGUUAUUGGACUCAGGAAGCAGCCACAGUAGUGCAGUGAAUGCAAUGCGAGUGAACAGCAUGGGCAGGGGUACCGGUGUGUGCCAUAUGAAGAUGAAUGCAGCCAGUCCUUCUAGCCCAGAGCUGACGGUGGUCUCAGCCCAAGCUCCCAUGAACCAGCGAGCUCACCUGACAAGAAGGGCAAAUCUCCUGAGCUUAUUCCAGUCUGAUAGCAGAAGCUGUGAGUCGAUCCGAACAUCUCUGACCACCAGCCCCAGUUGUGUUCACACACCACUGAGAUCAACUGCUUAG